AUGAGUGCUGAAGACCAAUUAGUGAUGCUUCAUAGGAUAAUGCAUGCUUCGGAGCUCAAUAAUCUAGGUGUUUCGGACCUCAACUCUGGAAACGUUGAGAUGGGCGCCAAGUACUUUGCCAGUUCGGUCGAGUUGCUCAAGGGAAUGCCUGGGAUACCCCUGUCUCCUACCGGUACAAGGGACCUCAGCCGUCGCCCUUGCGUGAAUAGCAACAGCUCUAAAAUCUCGAACUGUAGAUCUACUUUCCAACGAGAAGACUAUGAUGAAGGAAUGGAUGUCUACUCCAGAGUAAUGAGUACCGGCAUCAGCAACAACAGCAAGAACGACCAAGACAGCUUGGAACCACACCACGUCUUGGCCGUUGCACUCUUCAAUCAAGGCAUUUGUCAUGGGAAACAAAGAAUGGAGAAGGAAGCCCACAAUCUAUUCUACGAAUCAUUAUCACUCUGGCAGAGUGGUAGAUACUACAACUCGGAAUGUCAAAGACAUGGAAUCAUCGCCGCUAUGCAUAACAUUGGCCGCAUUGAAUAUCGGAAUGGACUCUACCACGAUGCCAUUAGCACCUAUACAAGAGCCCUCGAAUUCUGCGAAAAGCCUAAAAUGGGGAGACAACAGUUCGUUCUGGCAAGAGCAGCGACACUCAACUGUCUCUCCGUCCUCUACUUUCACAUACCAAAGGCGGAUGCCGGGCGUGCACUGGCGUUUUGUAGAAUGUCGCUCGACGCUUACAGAUCCGUGCACGGACCGGCCGCAGUGACACUUGAAAUUGCUUGCGUCCUAAACAAUAUCGGUCGAAUCCUCUUUCUACGGGAAGAAUUCAAAACGGCAAUACCAGUGUAUACCGAAGCGCUUUCCAUGCGUUGUCGGCUGCUCGGAGAGGAUCACAUGGAUGUAGGAGCUACAAUCUUCAACAUUGCACAAACUUCUCAUGCCCUUCGAAACUUUGAUCAGGCGCUGACAUUCUACAACAAGUUCCUGGCGAUCGCUCGAGGACACCUCGGAAACAAUCAUCGUGACAUUGUUGCCACGAUAAAGAAUAUUGCCGAGGUGCAUCAAGACCUUGGCAACCCAAAGGAAGCAAAGUUCUUGUACGAGCAAGCCCUUGAAACUGGAAAGGAUUGCUUGGAAUCAUGCCAUCAGGAGGUUGCCGGAAUCUUGAACAAACUUGGCAAUCUCAUGUAUGAGCAAGGGAACUUCGACGGAGCGUUGGAAGCCUACGUGAACGAGCUGGAUAUUGAACGGGCGUGUCUGGGCGACUCCCAUGCCAACGUUGCCAUUACAUACACCAACAUUGGUCAGAUUUACAAGCGACGUAAGGACUUCCCAAAAGCUUUGGUCAUGUACACACAAGCAAUCAACAUUCAGCAAAAGUACAUGAAAGAGCCCAACGCGGAUGCAGCAGCCACCUUGUCUUCCAUUGCAUACAUUUAUUCGCAAACUCGUCGCCUGACGGACGCGUUCAAUUUGUACCAAGAAGUGCUCUGGAUUCAGCGAGAAAGUAUUGGGGAAAAGAGCUUGGAGGUAUCGUCUACGUUGACUUCCAUUGGACUCGUGCUCUUCAAGAUGGAUCGACACGAACUCGCUGUUGAAAGCUUUAAUGAAAGCCUCAAGAUCAGACGGGAAAUAUUGGGACCUGACUCGAAGGAUCUGGCCGUAUGUCUCUUCAAUCUUGCCACUGUUCAUCUCGACCGGGGUGAUGAUGCCAAAGCUUUGGAAUACUACACGCAAACCCUUGCUGUUGAGCAACGUGCUGCCAAAUUGAACCACCGAGAAGUCGCAGUUGUGCUCAAGCACAUGGGGCAGAUCCAUCAAAAGAACGCUAACCUGGAAGGUGGGCUGCGGCACUAUCACGAGGCUGUGGAUGUUCUGAAGCAAGCAGAUGUGAAGGACAAUGAAGAGAUUGCCAACCUGCUAAUCCUCAUUGGGAGCGUUCAUUUGCAGUACGGGCAUGCUAAAGAUGUCGUAACCACUUGUUCGGAGGCGCUACGAUACUUUCGUUUGAGCGGAAAGGACGUGAGUGAGUUUCAUCUCUUCGGAUUCAACUUUUACUCUUUGUCCAAGAUGCACCCCAAGUGCUCCGCGGCUGCAUAG